CUGCGAUGCAUCCUGCGACCAAUUGGCUAGCUGAUCUCGACCGCCCGCCACCUCUUGCGGUCAUGUGAUCGCUGCGCUCGCCUGAUCGCUCGGGGAAAACAAGCUACCGAGUCCCGGCGUUUCUUCGGUAAACAGAAGAGAGUAGCAUUACUCGGAGAAUCAGCACAUCAUCGCCGUUCCGAAACCUAUAUAACCAAUGGGUGUGCCUUCGAGGGCCCCCCAUGUCGUCGGAGCUGGACUACCUAGAGCUACGCAAGUACGCAAUUAUCAGGUCCCACACGAUCAAUCAGACACAGAAUUCAUACCCGCAGCGAAAUGGCUCAAACUCAAUCUGCCGAAUGGCAGCCUCCUGCCGGGUUGCUUCCCAAGACUUUUCUGCAUGGAUAUGCUACGGCUUCCUAUCAGGUCGAAGGUGCUCACGACAAGGACGGCCGUGGUCCCUCGGUCUGGGACGACAUGUGUCGAGUCCCAGGUCAGAUCGCCGACGGUAGCAGCGGAGACGACGCUUGCAACUCGUACUACAUGACCGACGUCGAUGUUCCCUUGCUCAAGAGCCUUGGAGUCAACGCCUAUCGUUUCAGUAUCAGCUGGAGCAGAUUGAUCCCUCAAGGCGGCAAGGACGAUCCCAUCAACCCGGCAGGGAUCGCCUAUUAUAACAAGCUCAUCGACGCUCUCUUGGCCCACGGUAUUACUCCCUUCGUCACCCUCUUCCAUUGGGACCUACCUUCCGGUCUCGAGAAACGCUACCGAGGAUGGACUUCGAGAAACGUCCUGGACGACUUUCAGAACUACGUGCGACUCUGUUUCAAAGAGUUUGGGGACCGGGUCAAGAACUGGAUCACCCUCAAUGAGCCUAUCUGCGUGGUCAUGUUUUCGAGCUUGGGCUUGAAGCCUGAUUGGGACCACGAGAAGGACUUCUACCCCAUUGCGCAUCACUUGAUUCUCGCUCACGCGCAGACGGUGGACAUUUACCGUCGAGAGUUCAAGCCCGAACAAAAGGGUAUCAUCGGGAUCACUCUGAACUGCGACUGGUGUGAGCCCAUUGACGAUUCUCCCGCUGCCAAACAAGCCGCUCAACGACGAAUGGACCAGAGCCUUGGAUGGUACGCUGACCCCAUCUACCUUGGACAUUAUCCCAAGUCGAUCGAGGACAAGGCCCCCAAGUUCACGGAAGACGAGUGGAAGUUGAUCAAGGGCAGUUCCGAAUUCUUCGGCCUGAACUCGUACUCGACCCUGUAUACCAACGGCGAAUCCGACCCUGACGACCAUCUUGGUGGAAACACCCGUGCGGUAAGGAAGAAGGACGGCGUUCAUAUCGGAAACGAGGGGCACUUGGAGUGGCUGUGUGAUGUACCUUGGGGUUUCGGAAAGUUGUUGGCUUAUAUCAACGAGAAGUACAUGUUGCCCAACGACAUCCCUCUGAUCGUGACUGAGCAGGGCUUUGCCGUCAAGAACGAACACCUCAAACCCCUCCCCGAGCUCUUGAAGGAUACCGAGCGGAUCGACUAUUACCGCGGAUACCUCAAAGCGCUCACUGAAGCCAUCUCCAAGGGGAUGCGAUGCGACGGAUACAUGGCCUGGUCGUUCAUCGACAAUUUCGAAUGGAAGGAAGGUUAUAUCCCCGCUUUCGGGGCCGUUCAUGUCGACAGGAAGAAUGGGGAAUGGACGAGGACCCCGAAGGAUUCGACCAAGUGGUUGAAGUCGUUCUGGGAUCGGGUCGUUGAGGCUUAGAGUGCAUGAGGAGGACGAGACGGACUGAGGGACCAGGAGGCCAUAUCUGAGGAAUGUCACGUGUACAAGUAAGAUGUGGAACCUCUGUAAGACGUAUAUAUCGAAGGGCGACAUCAUCGGGCCAGACACAUCGUUAUCAUCGAGGUCAUUCGAAUCUUUGCGACGAUAGAGGCCGGAACGAUGAUCGACCGGAAGCAAUUAUCGAUGAAUAUGCUUCCGUCGUCGGUGAUGUCAUCGCGUAGCUCGGCAGGCAGGACUCUACCUCGACCAGCGACCAGCUAUCUUGCC